ACAUUUCUCAAAGUUCAAUUACAGUACGGUUCUGGAGGCAGAGAGGGAGCAGAACUGGUUUCACCUGUAAUACGCAGCAAUAACAGCAACCAUGUCCGUCCUCUCCUUCUCAGGAUGGUUAGACCUCAGCAGUGUUUUAAUCUUUUUCUUUGUGUUUUUGAUAUUUGCGGACCUAAUUAUUAAAAACAAGAUCAUGCCGAAAAACUUUCCUCCUGGACCAUGGUCCCUGCCUUUUGUGGGAGAUCUUUUCCGUAUCGAUUCGGAUAGAAUUCAUCUCCAGGUAGCAGAGUUUGCCAAGCAAUAUGGAAAUAUUUUUAGUAUUCGACUGGGACAAAGGAUGGUUUUUGUAAAUGGUCUGAAGCCUGUGAAGGAAGUCCUGGUUGAACACGGUGAAAACUUUGUUGAUCGUCCAUCAUUACCAAUAUUUACUGAUAUUUUUCAGAAUAAAGGUUUGAUUGUCUCCAAUGGGUAUCAGUGGAAACAACAAAGAAGGUUUGCCCUCCAUACUCUGAGAAACUUUGGACUGGGGAAGAAAAGUCUUGAGUCGCAGAUCCAAGUGGAAUGUAGGUUCCUAAAUGAAGUCAUAGGGAACACUCAAGGCCAGCCAUUUGAACCUCUUUCCGUUGUUAACAAUGCUGUUGCCAACAUCAUCAGUUGUCUGGUGUUUGGCGACCGGUUUGACUACAGCGACAGCUACUUCCAAACACUGCUGAAAUUAAUGAAUGAAGCAGUUUAUUUGGAGGGAAGUAUCUGGGCUAAGUUGUACAACAUGUUUCCAUGGCUGAUGCGCAGAUUACCUGGUCCACACAAAAAAAUAUUAUCCCACUGGGCAAUUGUGAUUGACUUUAUAAAGCUAAAAAUUAAGGAGCACAAGGAGGACUGGGACCCUUCAACUCCGAGAGACUACAUUGACAGCUUCUUUUCUGAGAUGGAAAAGUGGAAAGAUGAUGCUGAAGCAGGUUUCAAUGAGGACAACUUGUGUUACUGCACUCUGGACCUGUUUGCUGCUGGGACAGAAACAACAUCAACUACACUGAUCUGGGGUUUGCUGCAUAUGAUUAAAUACCCAGAAAUACAAGAGAAGGUACAAGCAGAAAUAGACCAAGUACUUGGACCCUCACGUCUGGCAACCAUGGCAGACAGAGCCAAUAUGCCCUACACUGAUGCUGUUAUUCAUGAGAUACAGAGGAUGGGUAACAUCGUACCACUGAAUUUGGUGCGUCUGACGACAAAAGAUACCACACUGAGAGGAUACACAAUUCCAAAGGGUACUAUGGUGAUGGCAACAUUACACUCUGUGCUUUUUGAUGAGACUGAGUGGGAGACUCCUUUCACAUUUAAUCCUGGCCAUUUCCUGGAUGCAGAGGGGAACUUCAGAAGACGAGAUGCCUUCUUGCCUUUCUCAGCUGGCAAGAGGGUGUGUCUUGGGGAGCAGCUGGCACGGAUGGAGUUGUUCCUGUUCUUCACCUCCCUUCUCCAGCGGUUCACAUUCUCUCCACCCCCUGGUGUGGAGCCCACCCUGGAGUCCAAAGUGGGAAUCACCCACAGCCCUAAGCCAUACAAGUUGUGUGCUGUACCCCGCUGAACACAACAAUGUCAUAAGGGAAGUUUUUUGCUGGAAAUUUGACAAUGUUCCGAUGCCACAUUGAACUAAUUUCCCGAACGUGUACGAUAAAAAAGGAAUAGAAUGGUGUAGGCAUAUGUAUCCCAUGGAAGUGCAUAAGGUGGAGUUGUAACUUAAGUUACAAUGUCAUGUUACCUACUUCAGUAACAGGUGUUUUGGGCGUUUGGUUUUCUCAUUGGGGGAGGGGGUGUGAAAAUUUAAGUUGCUAUUAUCACAAGAACCAAAACUGAACACAUUUUAACGAAUCUUCUAAUUUUUCUUGGAGAUGUAUGAUAACAACAUAUCUCAUCAGUGUGAGUUGAUAUCUUAUGCAAAUUUUUAGGCACAAAUUACAUUUGCUACUAACUCAGAACUCUUGUAAAUGGAGCUUCAGUUGUAUGAAGAAAACUGUAUUCCUCUAUUCUAAUUUAUGGAAAUACUUUGGACUCAAGGCGAUACUUUUAAAUGGCUGAGUAACCACUUGAAUUUUGAAAUUACCACACAGGUGGAACAGAAUUAUAAAAUCUGGCAUUUUGCUGAGUACAUUCAUGUCUGAAAACAUAAUGCACUCAUAGGACGUCAAGUUGAGUUGCACACAGGUUACGUUACGAUAUUGAUUUAAAAUUAUAAUGAAAAUAAAAAAUUGUUUAUGUGGUGGAGUCAGUUGUCUACAUCUUGUAGUUUAUAAACAGUACUCAGUGUUAGUACUGACAUCUCUGAGAUGGGUGUGCAUGCCUUCAAAGAUGUGGAGAUGUGUUUGUGUUGAAGCUACAGAUUUCUGUAGCAUUUUUCUCUAAUAAAGUAGCAGAAAAAGUAGUUGUGUGAGCGAGAUACAUGCAGGCAGGCUAACAGAAAUGAGUAAAAUGACCCAUUAAUCACUGACACUUUAGUCGUUAGAGUUGUUUCAGUGUCUAAGAAAUCUUAAGUAUACAGCAUACAAUAGUUAUGGCUGAAUGUAGAAAAUUAUUCUUCAUUGCUCAUCUUUCUUCUUUAGUUUUAGCAUUAGCCUCUUAGCCUUUCUUCCUUAGUCUGUUAUGACCCCACGGUUGUGUAAGGCUGUAACAUAGAGGUUUUGUAUGAAGUUAUGAAUUGACAGUAAAUAGAGUGCACAAACAGGGAUGUGUGUUUAAUUUUUUUGUGAAAGGGCAGUUAAUCAAAUUACAACAUUGAAGAGCUAACAGGCAAACUUCACAAACAUAGACAGAAUGUAAAGGGUAAUCAACAAGCAAAGAAAUAUGCCCAACCCCC